AUGUCUACAUCAUUGGUUGAAUUAAGUAAACCGUCAGAAAAACUCGAGAAGAGUAAGGACAAGUUACCUUUGAAGCCAAUCCAACCUACCCAAUAUUGGACUUUUGAUAAUGUUUUGACUUUAUUAAAAGACUGUCAAGAUCCUUACUUGUCUGAUGCAUUGGAUGAAUUUUUACUAUUAAACAGCAAGGUAUUUUUAGAUCCAUCCCCAUUUACAUCACAACUGGAUAAUGAGACCUUGAAUGAUGAUACCAAAGAUAUAUCACUUAGAAGUGUUUUAUAUACCAAUAUAACUCCACAAAUCAUCAAAGAUGCAAAGAUCAUUUCUACCACUUUGCAUUUGGAACUUAAAGAAGUAGUAAGAGUCAUAUGUCAAACCAACAAAAAGAUUCCCACAAGAACCACCACUUGGGAAUUGGAAGCCAUUAAAAGCAAAUUGCACGAUGAAAAGUAUUAUGAAAACAAGAGAUUACAAUUGUACAUUGCCAAAAUUUUAAGAGAAAGAAGAAUUGUCUUGAGAGUUGUCAUUGAACUUUUGAGUAAUAAAACAAACAAUUAUGCAUCAUCUGUAAUACAAAAUUUAGGAAAAGAUGUCUUCUUAUCCAAAGACUAUAUCAAAUCCCUCAUUGAAUCUAUUGCAAAGACUACACAGCAAUUAGUCAGAAAGAGCUUCACAACCGGAAUUUCCAAAGAUAUCGACAAUACUAUCCUCAAUGAAACUAUAUUGUUUUGUAUAGAAGCAAGUAAAGUUUUAAUCGAAUUGUCUGUUCAGAAUCCAAAUGUAACAGGUCCAAUUGUACAAGAAUGGUUCAAAUUAAUGAAAGAUACAAAUUUUGCCCUUGUUUUAGGACCUUCAAUUAAGUACCAUGAGUCUUUUGCCAUGGUUCAUGGGUUAUUCACCAUAUUGUGUGUACAAUACUUGGACUUGACUAACAGUUUUGAUAAUGUCAAUCAGAAUGCAAGUGAUGAAACCAUGAUGGCUAAUAUUGGAAUCUUUAAAUACAUUAAUGAUGCCAUCGCCAAUACAUCCAACACUAAUCCUGUUGUUUUAUACAGUUGGUCCAUUAUAUUGUUGAGAAAAUUUUAUUUUUUACAAGAGUAUCCUUCCUUGCCAGCUUCGACAACUUUCCUUAAGGAAUUCAGUUUUGAUCAUUUGGAGAAUCUCAUAAACAUCAUCAACCAAAAAUGUUCUGAUUUGGAAAUUUUUGUUUCCCUAAGGAAAUUAAACGAAUUGUUGAAAUUUGAUAAAUUAUACUCAGGAAUUUUGUCUUCCUUGAUAAUUGCAUGUAUGCCAUUGGUUACUCUUUCGCCAGAUGUCACGGAAGCUAUAUCAAGUGUCAUUGGCAAUUGCCCAAAUCACAUUAUCGAAGGAUUUUUUGAAAACAAAGCCACCACCAAUGCCAUAAUUAUUGCCCGUACCAAAUUCCCAUUGAUGUUAAACCCAUACAUACAAUUGGCUUCUAUUAACGGUAAUUUUGCUUUGCAUGAGUUCAAUGAUUUAAAAUCAUAUAUUCAAGUUUUCAAGAAGGGCGAAUUUGACAAAAUGUACCAGAUCGAUGAUCAAAACACUGAAUUAGUCAAGACUACACAAUUCAUUGAUGUAUACCCUCCAUUUGAAACCAACAAGAAAUUGUCUUUAGUUUUAAGCGCAGGUACAAAAGCUAAAUUAUUACCUUCUGCUGAUCCAAAUGAAGUCUUGGUCACCUUUUUGUAUAAUUACAAUGGAUGGGCAUUUCUUGGAAGAGUCUUACAAAAUGUUUCUAAAAUUUUUAACAAUUCAGAUGUCGUUGCAAUUGAUUUGGUUCUUAAUAUUUUGAAUUUGUUGAACAAAGUUGUACUCGACAAUGGUAUUGAUGAUACGAAAUUGGUUUUAGAGGCCAUGUCUGCUUAUACUGAUGAUUCAGAUAUUCUCGAAGUGAUUUUACGACUCUUGGAACAAGGAUUGCAUUUGAGAAACGUCAAGAUCUUAGUGGCUGUUGUUGACUUAUUAACCAAAUUAAUGCCAUUUCUUUCAUACAGAAUCUGGCCAUAUUUAUCCAAGUCUGCUUUAUUGGCAACCAAUGGAAAAGAAGGUUUAGCUGCGGUUAUAUUUGGUGCCGUUGAAAUGGUCAACGGAGAUUAUAGCUUCACAGUUUCGUUAAUCAAAUUGGCAGAAGCAUUAACACAGAAUUGCUUGUCAUUGGACCAGGACUACCCUAAAAAAUCCAAGAGCGUAAUCAUGCGUAAAUUUGUGGGUCACUUGAUGGAUUUAUUUGAAACUUUUGCUUAUUGUAGGUAUGAACAACCAUAUGAGAAGUUGGAAAUUGGUGUUUUGGUAUUAGAUGUACUCUCAACUAUUCUUGCAAGCGUUUAUGGUGUUGAUGAAGGAGUUCCUGCUCAUGAAAAGGCUACCAAAGUUUUUGCUGAAUCUGCCCAGUAUAUUUUGGAUGCAUUCUUAAUACCAGAUGAAACAUGCUCACGUGCUGGUGCCCCAAUAAUUACAAUGAUUGAAAAUCUUUCAAAGGAUUUGGAAUUGUACGAGUUGACUGAUGUGUCAUCCUUUUGGCAUGAUAACUGGAUCCGUUGUGCCUUUUCCUUUUCUCAACUCAUCAUCACUAUAAGAUCAUCUUUGAAUUUUAAGCCACUGUCAUUUGAAAAGAAAUUGUUUACCAAAGCACCAGAGUUGGUUUUGUCGUAUUCUAGAUAUGAAUCAGUCAGAAAAGAAAUCUUAGAUCUUUUGACUUGUUUGACUAAUGGUAAUUGGGGAACUGAAUCUCCUCCUUCUUUAUUAUCACACUUGGGUAACUUCAACGCACAAGUGUUGUUGCAUUCCUUGGCUGCAGACCUAGACAAUUCUUUUGAUGAUUACAAGAUGAAGAUUUCUUUGUAUGAUUUUAUUUGCGCUGUAAUGAAUGGCAAACAAGAAGGUCUUGCUGUAUUGUUCAUCACAGGAAGAGAUGUUUUCGGUGAUUUUACUAAAAAAGAUGAAAAUACAAAGAUUGAAACCAAAGUGUCAUUAUUGCAAAUUUUGAAGAAGAAUAUUAGAGAUAUGAAAUACUACCCAAAUUCAGUUAGCAUCCAUUUGGUUGACGCUAUUUCUUUGGCAUGUAAUUCAUGGACCACUGUGAAGGAAAGCCAACAUGACGAGGAUUUCAUCAAAACUUUGAUUAGCCGUGUGAAAUUACAAAUAUUAGAUCCCCCAGAUUCAUCAGAAAGCUUCAUCAGUAGAUGUUAUGAAUUGAAACUUGUAUCUAAAAUUGCCGAGAUUUUGGCACUUUAUCUAUUCUCCACACGAAAUGAAUCCUGUAAGAAAGAGAUUCUCAAUUUUGUCAAUUCCGACGAGUUUAUUGAUCUUGCCAGAAAUAAGUUUUCCAUCACCAAUUAUCAACCUAAUUUGGAUUAUAACUUGCAGAUAGCGUUUGAAAACGCUUUCACUGGAUUUAAAUUAUCACAAUUCACCAGUGGCUUGACGAAGAGAAAUAGAUUUGGUAUUACUUCUGUAUAUAACUUAGCACUCAUGGACUCAUUAUUUAAAAAUGAACCGGAAUGGCCGCAAAUUAGAGAACAGAUUAUUGCAUCUAGUAUCAAUUUUCAGUACUUAAACUCCCAAUUUGCUAGCGCCAAAUCAUUUGGUGCUCUCAUUACAAGUUUCUGCAGAAGAUAUGAAGGUGCAUUGCAUGCGAGAGUUUUAGAUUUUAUUAAUGACUUGUUGAAAUUGAAUAUCAAUGAAGGAAUACCAACCGACACAUUUAACUCAAUUUAUUGUGAAAGAAUUGAAUUGGCAUUCUUUUUGAUGUACACUUACUUUUCGAAAACAAAAUCACAAGAUGCUGAUGACAGGAAAAUAUUUGAGAUUAUUAAAAGCAGUUCAACUUUGUUAUCUUCGAGUAGUAUGGAUUUCUUUGCAAAUUUGGCUGAAUCUAAAGGAUACUAUAAACCAUUAUUGAAGCUUUUAUAUUGUGCCUUAAAUUUAAUCAAGAGUGAUUCAAAAAUCUUAGCUGAAUAUUUGAGUUUGUUCAGGGAUUUGUUUAACAAUAUUGUUAUAAAGGGGACAAAGGUGUUGCUUAUUGAAAUACAGAAUGAUGCAUACCGUUCAAGAAGUCAAAGAGCAUUUAAGUCAACCAAAAUGAAUGAUAGAAUCGAUGACUUAAUGAUUAUAUUGUCUAUCUUGAAGGUAUUUGUCAAAGCAAAAGCUGGAUCCAUGUUGCAUGAGGAAAUGGCUGUCUCGAUUGAUCAACACGGAACUAUAAAAUCAUUAUUGAAUCUUUAUUCAUUCUCCCAUUCAAUUGAAGUUAAUGAUGAAUUUAUAUUUGCACAAUUAAGUUUGAUGUAUUUAUUGGAAUUAAUGUCAAUUCAAGUGAUUGCAGAAAAGAUUGUCUCAUCCGGAUUAUUUGUGGUUUUGUUGGAAAGUCCAAUUUCACAACCAAUCAGAGCUGGUGGUGUUUCAAUAAGUCAUGGUGCUCCAUAUCAUAGACUUUGGAUUAAUGGCAUAUUGCCAAUUAUUAUUACUAGUUUGUUCAAAUUGGGAUCCUCGAUUGUGCCAGAAGUAUGCGUUGCUUUACAAUUAUUUGGAAAACAAACUCAAUAUGGCAUUGAUAGUUGGGCACAGGAUGCGUCCAGUAUUAAAAUAUCCACCGGGUUGGUUGCAGAAACAAGCGAAAUAUUGUUGAUUUACGAUUUACUUAAAUCAAUGGAUGUCACUUCUUAUUUGAGAAGUAUUCACGCAGCUCAUGGAGGUCUCACCACCACAACUGCAACAGACGAUUCUACUGAUUUAAGGGUUUUGCCAGGAUUGGAUUCUGAUGCUAAAAGGGAUGACUUUAUUGUGUGUAUUGAGAACUUAUUGAAACACCCAAAGUAUUUGAGUUCUAAAAUAAGUCCAAGUUCUAUUGAAGAACAGCAUAUCAUCCAACAAGGGGGUGACGUGUUUGAUAAGUUUGUUCAAACGGUCGUUGACGAAAUUAGAGAUUUCAAAGAUUAUUUCAAUUAA